GAGAGAGAAAGAGGGAGGGAGGGAGGGAGGGAGGGAGAGGGAGUUAUUAGGGGUAAAGCAGGCGGUGGGAUUAUCAAGUAAAAAGCGCUGAAACCAGCCAAAGCUCUCGGCUCCUCAGGCAGAAAACAUGAGUAGUCGCUAGUGAACCAGACCGCCAGCUCCUCCCUCUCUACCUCUCUCUCUGAUUGUCUAUCCCUCUUUCUCUCUCUCUCCUCUGUUACAGACUCAUGACAGCGUUGGUUUCGGCUCGGCACCUGACCUCGGACAUGGAGGGGCCGCUGUUCAGCUGACGCCUGCUGCCAUACUGUGAGUUCUGAGUGGACAGGAGGAAGCCAGUGAACCAGAACAGAACCUGUCGGGUCGGGCGUCGGUGCCGUAAAGAUGAGUGUGGUGGCAGACGAGGACAGGCUGACCAGCCGAGAGGUCCUCUACGUUGCGGACAAGAAGGCCCGGGGAGAACCCUGCUGCUCCACGCUAAAGAUGUUCAUUGUAGCUCUGUCCUUUGCCUACUUCUCCAAAGCGCUGUCAGGCACCUACAUGAAGAGCGCCAUCACACAGAUCGAGAGACGUUUUGACCUCUCCAGCUCUCUCAUCGGCCUCAUUGAUGGCAGCUUUGAGAUGGGUAAUCUCCUCUUCCUGGCGUUCGUGAGUCACUUUGGGGCGAAGAUGCACCGUCCUCGUCUGAUCGGGAUGGGCUGUUUCCUCAUGGCAGUGGGCUCAGCGCUGACUGGACUGCCUCACUUCUUCAUGGGACGGUAUAAGUUUGACACGGUGAUCCAGGGCUGGGAGAACAACAGCGUGAGCAUUAGUCCCUGUCUAGACCCCGCAGCAGCACUGGACUACCCAGAGGUCAAGAUCGAGAUCUCCCAGGACAUGACCGCAGAGUGUGAGAAAGAAGUGGGAUCACACAUGUGGAUCUAUGUGUUUUUGGGGAAUGCCCUAAGGGGCAUUGGGGAAACCCCUGUCACCCCCCUAGGAAUCUCCUACAUUGAUGACUACGCCAAGGCCGAAAAUUCAGCCUUCUACAUUGCUUGUCUGCAGACCAUCACUCUGCUGGGCCCCAUGUUUGGGUUCCUGUUGGGUUCCAUGUGUGCCAGACUCUAUGUGGAUAUCGGAUUUGUGGAUGUCGAGAGUGUGACCAUCACUCCUAAGGAUGCUCGGUGGGUGGGGGCAUGGUGGCUCGGCUUCUUUGUGUCGGCUGGCAUCAUGCUGCUGUCAGGCAUCCCCUUCCUGUUCCUGCCCCGCUCGCUGCCUAAGCAGGGCGAGCUGCCCGCCAACCCCUACAACCUGCCCAAGACGUCCACACCGGGCACCGACAUCAAGCUCGCCGCAGUCGCUAAAGGCUUCCUGCCCUCUCUGAAACGCCUCGUGACUACGCCCACCUAUUUCCUGUUGCUGUGUGGGGCCGUGCUGAAGUUCAACUCCUUCAUUGGUCUGCUCACAUUCAAGGCCAAAUACAUGGAGCAGCAGUUCGGCCAAUCAGCAUCAAGAGCCAAUUUUCUGAUUGGUGUGCUGAACCUGCCGGUGGUCGCCUUGGGGAUCUUCCUGGGGGGGCUGCUGAUGAAGAGGUACAAGCUGAGCGUUGUGGCGGGGGCGCAGUUCUCCUUCCUCACCUCCUUCAUCGCGUAUCUCCUCCUCCUCCUCCAGUACACCACCAAGUGUGAAAACGUCCCGGUGGCCGGACUCACCGUGGCCUACAACGGGACUCCUGGUGUGUCCUUUGACGAUCAGACGCUGUUCUCUGACUGUAACAGCAAGUGCUCCUGUGGACCAGAUGAGUGGGACCCGGUCUGCUCACAGAAUGGCAUCACGUACAUGUCCCCCUGCCUGGCGGGGUGCAGCCGCUCUACUGGCCAUGGCAAAUACACGGUGUUCCAUAACUGCAGCUGCGUGUUGGAUUCCACACCAGUAGAUGGCAGCACAUCCGUGCAUCUAGGCCAGUGUCCGCGGGGCCCGGACUGCAGUCGCAGCUUCACCUCCUACAUGGCAGUGUCUGUGCUCAGCUCCUUCAUCAACUCACUGGGCACCACCCCCGGAUACAUGGUCAUCAUACGGUGCAUCAGUCCUGAGCUGAAGUCUCUGGCGCUGGGCAUCCAGACACUAGUGAUGAGGACUCUGGGAGGCAUCCCGGCGCCGGUGUAUUUCGGAGCCCUGAUCGAUUCCACCUGUCUAAAAUGGGGCACGAAGAGAUGUGGGGGCAGGGGCGCCUGCCGAAUGUACGACACAGACAUGUACCGGGUAAUAUUCCUGGGCCUGAUCACCUGUCUCAGUGGAUGCUCCUACUUCUUCAUCAUCGCCGUGAUCGUGUUGCUAAGGCGACAGUUUGACGAGGAGAAAGCCACGGCGAAGGAGCACUCCCCAAAACCAGGGGACAUCGAGCUCCUCCACCAUCAUCAACAACACCAUCCCCCCUACCCCCAGCCCACCCCUAAUCUAGGGGACGGAGGGGGGCCCACAGGCCCUCAGGGCCCCAGAGUUCAGGAGUUGGUACCAAACACCUGGGCAGGGUCAGAGAAGACUGACUCCCAGACCGGCAGCGAGGACCACCAGGAGGGAACCGAGAAAGACGUAGAACCACCCUCUCCUCCGUCUUCUCCUCCGUCUUCUCCUCUGAGAACCGAAACUGCUAGAGCCGCCAGCCCGUCCACCAGCCAAGCAGAGGAUCAAGCCCAGAACCACGACGGCAGCGCCAACAGGAACCAGCACACAGAGGCCCAACAAGGAGCCCCAGAAGGCUGAUGCCAGAGCCUACAGAUGCCCUCUCUGUCUCCUUAGCACAUCAGUCUGUCUGUCUGUCAUUUGUAUGAAUUCAUUCAUAAAUAAAAGAGCCACUUGUGUA